CAUCGUGGUGGUGGGCCAUGUAGACUCUGGCAAGUCCACUACCACUGGCCACUUGAUCUACAAAUGUGGUGGCAUUGACAAACGUACCAUUGAAAAGUUCGAGAAAGAGUCGACAGAGAUGGGCAAAGGAUCCUUCAAAUAUGCCUGGGUUUUGGACAAGCUAAAAGCAGAACGUGAACGUGGUAUCACCAUCGAUAUUGCCCUCUGGAAGUUUGAAACCAAGAAGUUCUACGUCACUAUCAUUGAUGCUCCAGGGCAUCGUGAUUUCAUCAAGAACAUGAUUACGGGAACGUCUCAAGCUGACUGUGCUGUUCUGAUUGUUGCUGCUGGUACUGGAGAAUUUGAAGCUGGGAUUUCUAAGAAUGGCCAGACCCGUGAGCACGUCCUCCUGUGCUUCACCUUGGGUGUGAAGCAGUUGAUUGUUGCUGUGAAUAAGAUGGACAGCACAGAACCAAAGUACUCUGAAACAAGAUUUGAAGAAAUCAAAAAGGAACUUACUGCAUAUGUAAAGAAGGUGGGUUACAACCCAGCUAUUGUGCCCAUCCUCCCCAUCUCUGGCUUCAAUGGAGACAACAUGCUGGAACCAUCUGACAACAUGGCCUGGUGGAAACCAAAGAAGACUGAACGCAAGAAUGGCUCAUACGAGUACCACACAUUAUUCGAUGCUCUAGACAACAUUGAUCCCCCAAGCAGACCUCUGGACAAGCCCCUUCGUCUUCCCUUGCAGGAUGUCUACAAAAUUGGUGGUAUCGGUACAGUGCCCGUUGGACGUGUUGAAACCGGUAUCCUAAAGCCUGGAAUGGUGGUGAACUUUGCUCCAACUGGCCCCACUACAGAAGUAAAAUCUGUAGAAAUGCACCAUGAAGCUCUGGUAGAAGCUGUUCCAGGUGACAAUGUUGGUUUCAAUGUGAAGAAUGUUUCGGUGAAGGAUCUGAAACGUGGUUUUGUUGCUUCAGACUCUAAGAACGAUCCUGCCAAGGAGGCCGCUGACUUCACUGCACAAGUGAUAGUUUUGAACCACCCUGGUCAAAUCAAUGGGUACACACCUGUGCUUGACUGCCACACUGCUCACAUUGCCUGCAAGUUCUAUGAACUUCUGGAAAAGAUCGAUAGGCGUACUGGUAAGGUUCUGGAAACUGGACCAAAGACCAUAAAGUCUGGUGACUCUUGCACUGUUAAAAUGGUGCCCAGUAAGCCAAUGUGUGUAGAGACCUUCCAGAAGUAUGCUCCUCUAGGACGUUUUGCCGUACGUGACAUGAAGCAGACGGUCGCCGUAGGCGUUAUCAAGGAUGUCAACAAGAAGGAAGGUGGCGGAAAGACUACAAAGGCAGCAGAGAAGGCCCUCAAGAAGAAGUAACCUACAUCUUAGAGACCAUAAUAGGUUUACUGCGUUAUCUAGUCUUUAAGAUGUAUGGUUUUUAUAAGAAUAAACUUGAGUAAGGAGUAAAAAAAAAAAAAAAAAAAAAAAAUAA